ACAUGACCUCAUCUAGCCUCGCCGCUUAAAUAAGACAAGAAGAGUGACGGAUCGAUGAUUUGUCGUCUUUUUCGAACAAUUUGUCAUCUGAAUCACAUUACUUGCUCCUGCCUCGUUCUUCGAUUCUUAUUAAUCCUUUUUGUCACAAUGAAAAACCUCGAUAUCGGACAAUUCCUUUUCCAAAUUUGCCCAAAAUUAUUUUAGAAAAUCAGACCAAGUAACAGCAAUUUGCAAAUUUAAUAAUAAUUUUGGACAUAUAAAAUUUUCUAGACACCACAUAUUAAAUAAGGAUCUAAUAUCGAAGUAUCAUAAAUUUCAUUCCAAAUAAUUCACGAUCUAAAAUAUCCAAAUUACAUUUAAAAUUCAGACUAACUCUUAUUAUUACAAUCACCGAGUGAAAAUUAUAAUCCCAACUAUGACUUAAUCCAACGAAGAAUUACUUAGAGUACGCAAAGGGUUGGAAAGAAAUUUCCUUCAAUCUCAAGAAUUUAAUUUUUCACAUAAAACCAAUCGCUCGUAAAACCUUCGCCAAGUCAAUUGGAACGAAAAAUUCGUUCCAUCGAAAAUCAAAAACAUUCAAAAAUCAAGCCGAUACUCGCAUCUUGUUGGCAGGCGGUGUACACUUCCCCUGACCAUUCAGACGCUACGUCACACCGACGACGGAAGCUUCCCUCUUGCCUACGUGGUUACGAAAAUUCCGGCAAGCAUUGACGCUCCUCCACCCCCUCCGCCUAAUGCAAUCUAAAUCUAAACCUAGCUCGAGAAAAUUUUCGCGAAAAGACGAAAGUGGCGCUGCCCAUUGGCGUUUCUCUCUCUCGUCUAGGAUGGUGGACGCUUGCUUAUAGUUUCCUUCGAACUGUAGCGGAAGGUGGCUGUUGUGGAGGUGGAAAAUCGGGCGCGGACGAUCCUCCUCUGGCAUCUCGCUAUCAGUCUUCCGAGGGAGCGUCGCGACGAUCGACGAGCGGCCAAAAAUCAGCUCGAACCUCUCUCUCUCUUUUUCCUCUCUUUCUUUCUCUCUUUCCUAUUCUCCUCUCUUCUCUAUUCUCCUCUCUAAAAAAACAUUUUACACGCAUCCAACAGAGUUAAUUUGAACAGAGAGAAUCCGAACGAAGAGAUCGAGACUGACAGAUCGCUCGACGAUCGGACGCUACCUCCCUUCCCCUUCUCUAGCAUCUCUAAAUAUCUAAAUGUUUCUUCCUUCCCCCCUCCCUCUCAUUUCUGACGCGAGUGAAUCGAAUUUGUUACAUGUCAACGCGAAGUGGAAGAACGAACAAGGAAGAAUCUCGAAAGUAACGUGUAAGAAGAAAUUGAUGGAAGAGUGUGAAGUGUGAAUAUUAUCGUUUAUUAUUGACAAUGGGACGGAACGAUAGAACGACGAUAGGUGUGAUGUCGCGGUUCCAAUAGUCGAGGUGAAGUCAUCGAGAAUACGUUUCAGGCACGAGAGGACGCUUUUCGGUUUUAUUUUUGCAUCCCUGUCGCCGUCGAUAUCGCGAUCGAUAAAUAACGCAUUGGCGGUGCCAAUGCGUAUGAGACGUCCGUGAUCAACGUUCACUGAUCGAAUAAACAUCGAUGAGGGUGGGCGAGAGGAAGGAUCGAUGCAUCGGUUCGGAUUUCAUCCGCCUCUUCGACCCUUGCUCCACCCUCGAUCCACCUGGGACAUUUCCUCCUUGGGACUUGUUCAGGUUCAAGGAACUCGCGAGUGAUAAAUGAUUUGGACUAUGUUGUGAGUGGUGGUGAGUCUUGAUUGAGUGGUGGAAAAAAAGAAAAGAAAGGAAAAGAAAAAAGUGGAGAAAAAGUGUGUGGUAAGCCUCGUGUGGUGAGAAGAUGGGAAGCGACUGUUGCAAAUGCGCCAAUGGCAAUAAACAACACUCCAUUGCGGGAUCGUUUAGGGAACGUUCUGGAUACCGAAUACGCGGGGAUGCACCGAUACCGUCCGACAGAUACAGGGUACAAAUGAGGGGGAACGUCGUCCAAUUGACCCUGAAGCAAUCGCAAAAGGACGACACUGGACAUUACGCUCUUGUGGCCACGAGAGUUGGCCAAGGAUUCGAGAAAGGAUCCUCGAAGAAGAUUCAUCUCAGCGUGGACGAGGCCAUCUCGGAAGAGGGUGAUCCACCGAUCUUCCUUCGAAGAUUGACAGACCUUGCGGUUAAAGUUGGCACCAGGACCAGAUUCCUCGUGGAAAUUCGAAGUUCGACCACACCGAAGAUCACUUGGCACAGAAAUGCCGAGCAGAUACACACCGGUACGAGAUUCUCCUUCGUCCACGAGGGAAACUUUUACUGCGUCGACGUGGCUCCCGUCACGGUCGAGGACGAAGGGCACUGGACCUGCAUGGCGGAGAAUCGAGGGGGCCGAUCGUCCUGCACGUCUCGCCUCACCGUGAUCGUCCCAAAAGCUUACAAAAGACCAGAAUUCGUAGAGGAGCUACGGGCUCUCCUUACAGAGACUGGAACAGUGUCCUUAGAGUGUAAAGUAGUCGGUGUGCCCACCCCCGUGUUGAGAUGGUUCAAGGACAGCAAAGAAAUCAAGGCUGGCGAUGUAUUCGCUUUAACUGCCAAUCUCGACGAUCCAACAUCCCUUGGAAUUUACACUUGCGAGGCAGUGAAUUGUAUGGGAAUUGCUUAUUCCUCUUCAAAAGUACAUGUAGUCGGAAAAGGUAGCAGGGAGGGUUCUCUGAAACCAGCUGAUUCCUUGACACCAUCCGGUCCUCUUCCUAUCUUCACGAAGAUUCUGCAAGACGAGUGUUGCAGGAUUGGAGACACUCUCAGGCUUUCUUGUCAAGUUCAAGUACCACCAUGGCCGAAAGCAAUUACGUGGUACAACAAGGAGGGGCGCAUCGAGGCCAGCGAAAAAUACCACGUGAUGGAAGAUGGCCUUGGUGGAUACUCCAUAGAGGUAAACCCUGUCGAAGCCAUGGACGAGGGCGAAUGGAAGUGCGUCGCCACGAACGCUGAAGAUAUGAAACAGUUUACUACUUGCCAUGUUGCAAUGUCCAUUCCAAAGAACUACAGGAAACCACGCUUCAUGGAAAGCUUGAAAGCUGUCCUAACAGAAGAAGGUCUAGUGUCGUUCGAAUGCAAGGUCGUAGGAUUCCCUACACCAUUGCUCAGGUGGUUCAAAGACGGCCAAGAACUAAAACCAGGAGAUGUUUAUCAAUUGACUGGGACUAACUCCUUAGGUUCCUAUUGUUGCAUUGCAAGAAAUUGUAUGGGAGAGGCAAAGAGUACAGCCGAAUUAACGAUCGAAGAUAUUCAAAAUCAAUUAAACGAAGAAGAACGCCUGCAAUUGUUAAAUACGAAUCAACCACCCAUUUUUAUCAAAGGUCUUAGAAGUUGCGAGGCGAGGAUCAACGAAGAUUUUCGAUUUACAGUACAAGUCAGUAUUUCCCCAGAGCCAAGCUUCUCUUGGUAUAGGGACGAUACACCGGUGGAGGAGAACGAGAAAUACCGAGUUGCCAAGGAAAAUCUUGGCAUCUGCCACCUUGAUAUACAAAAACUCGAAUUCGUCGAUCAAGCCGAGUGGAAGUGCGUUGCUUCCAACGAUCACGGUCAAAGCAUCACUUCCUGUUUUCUGAAACUAAUCAUUCCCAAACAUUACAAGAAACCGAAAUUUCUUGAGAGUUUGCGCGCCAUAUUGUCGGACGAGGGUGCCGUGAACUUGGAGUGCAAAGUGAUCGGUGUUCCGCAACCGAUUCUCAAAUGGUACAAAGAUGGCGUCGAAUUGAAGCCAGGAGACAUUCACAGGAUCAUUUCCGGGCAAGAUGGCACCUGUUGUCUUGGAACUUACACCUGCGAAGCGACCAAUUGCAUGGGAACUGUCAGCAGUUCUGCCUCUCUUCUUGGCUUCGAAGAUAAAUUGCCCGUUCGAAAAGAAAUAAAGGAACCACAAUCUCCAAACGGCCACGAGCUUGCCAGAAAUUUGUCGCUUUCAACAAUUCACGAAGAAAGAACGUCUCAAUUAUACGAUACACCCCAAACCGACCAUUCCGUCACGUUAGAUGAUCGAGGGGAAGUGUCAUUCAGCUUCGAUGGUAAAGAGGUUUCCGUCAGCCUCUACGAAACCCCUGAUCUCACUGAGGAAGAAGCUCUUCAAAUUGUCGAGAUGUAUGCUGAUCAAUUGUCUGAACAUGUUACAGAGCACAACGUCAUCGAACUUCCGCCAAUGCGAUUCGUAAAAGAAUCCUCUAAUUCUGGUAACUUGUUGAUGGAGGCAGUGGUGAUCGAUGUGUCUCCAGACUACUUCGUCAGCGCGGAAGACGGCGAUGAUCUUCGUACGGAGGCCGACUUUGAGGACGUCUCCAUAAUGGACGACGUAACUCGAGUCUUCUCAUCCCCGGAACAAGAUUCUCGCAGCUCUCUCAAGAGAUCUGCCAGAUACAGUUUAGACGAGGACGACAAACCACCAAUUAAACCGCCCAGAAAAAAGUCGAGCUCCUCGUCAAAGAGCGAGAAAAGCGAAAAGAGUCAGAAGAUAGAGUCCGAAAGCUUCCAUAGCGCCCAAAGGGACGAGCCAUUUUCACCAGUCUCUCCGAUGUCUCCUGUAUCCUCGUUAAAGCAAGACGACAGCGACACUUUCGCUGACGCUCUCUCCUCCGCAAGAUUAUCCAUCUCUGAGAAUCAAAUCCAGAAGGGGAACGAAGACAUUCGAGAGAGGAAACGUAGUCUGAGCGGGGAGAAAACGGCCGGUUCCAGCGUGGAUGAUGGAAUAGGCGGCGACUCCUCAUUCGACUCUGUAACCGGCGCUGCUAAGAAGAAGAAGAAGCAUCGGAAGAAGAAGCACAGACGAGAGAAAGGUAGCUCAGAGGAAUCAUCUAUUACCAGUGAGAUCGAUGGAAAACGUAAAGAAAGUGGACCGCUAAAAGCCAACACCGAGAUACUUCAACGCAUAGAAUCUAUAAAGAAGGUUGAAGAACCGUACGUAGAAGAAACGGCUGAAAAAUCUGACGAAAGGAAGCAAAGCGUUAGUGAAUCUGAUAAAUCUUUGUCGAAGAGUAACAAGGAGAGAUUGUUGGACAAUAUGAAAAAAAUGAAAGAACCUGUGCUGAUAGUUCGCGACACUUUGGUCAGCAUCAAUAGCUUGGAGGCCAAAUUAAGCAGCGGUAGCGAGGAAGAGUGUAAAAGAAUUGUGAAGGAGAACGUGAUCAAACCGAUUCAAACGCUGUGCGAGGAAGUCUCGUCCAUAGAGUCUAAGGCAUUGAAAAGUGCAGGAGACAGAUCGUUGAAUCAGACGGUACGAAUCUCUCUUUUGGAAUCCAUUGGAGGCCCGACCGAGGAGCUUCUUCGUGGCAUGGAAUUGAUAGAACGCCAAGAAAACGUUAAGAACCGUAAGAUGGAUUUAAUCGCGAUUUUAGAAAGCCUCACGGAUCCUGUCGAUGAGAUCCUGAUGGGAAUCACCAAGAUCGAACACGAACUGACCGGUCAUGCAAAAGGUGAGAAACCUAUUGCUCUGAUCAGGAUGACAUCCGCGGUUUCUAAACUCGACGAGAACGUAAGAGAGGUUUUGACUGUAGACAAAAGAGCUUCGCGAUUAGUGGCUAGAUUCAACGAGAUUUUGAACUCAUUGGAUUUCUUCUUGAAUGACGUUUCCGUGGAUCCAACUAAGGGAACGAUAGAAACUGUAGACACCGUUGUAGUUGAGUCUCUUUCGAAGUCUGUUGAGGACAUUGCUCGAGCUUUAAGUCGUUUUUCCACUAUUGAAACAAAAAUUGAAGGAGCGUCUAAAGUCAUGGACGAGUUAAUACUUCCGACCCGUGAACUAAAAGUGAAAUUGGAUACACUAAAAUCAGCAUUGGAAACUUACGAGACGAGAGGAAUUUUGUCGGAACAUCGAACGAAACUGAUAGAAUCUUUGCAAGAUUCUGUCGGACAAGUCAUCGAGGAGAUUAACAAGAUGAAAGACGAGAAGCCGAUCGAAGAUCGUAAAACAACGAUGGAAGAAUCUAAGCAAGAUGUUCUAAAAGAGGUGAGGCUCACUCUUCAAGAAGCUUUGAGAUCAUACGAAAACGUGGCGGGUAAUCUUGAUCCUCGGCUGUCUUCGAUUUUCGAUCGAAUUGACGAGAUGUAUCGAAGACUGAAGACUCCUCAGAAACGAGAGAUAGGUAUAGAAUCGCUGGUAAGCCUAGAAGGUCUUCUCUAUUCUCUCCAAUGCGCUCUUACAUCAACAUUCAUGGCUGAGAACUGUGAAACAGUGUUUGAGCUGUUAGAACCCGCGAUUUCUCAAUUGAAAUCAACGAUAACGAACCUUAACGAGAAAUCUUUGCAAUCUGUACUGGAUAUGGUGAAUAACCUUGAAAAAACUGUUCGUGGAACUGAGAACGAACUGGAAGAUACAAUAUCCUCGAAAUCGACGCAAGGAGAGCCACAAAAUUUGACUGACAGAAUUUUAGAUUCACUGAUAGACGUUCAAUCGGCUCUGAGUUCUGCCCUGCAGAGCAUAGAAGAUGUGGACUCGGUUACAAAUGGUGCGGCGAAUUCUCAAAAAUUGCUAGCUUCUUCGGACAUAACUGUUUGUCUUGUAGAGCUCAGACAAUAUGUAUCUGAUACGGCUCACAUAGCGAUGACACUGAAAGAAGAUCAAACAUUGAACAGUCUGUUGGACAUGAAAGAACCAUUGAUGGACCUCCAGGAAGCUCUUGCUUCGAAAGAAAGAACGUUCCAGGAACUUGAAAUGAUACGUAAAAUAUCGACUCCUAUAGAGAAAUUAAAGGUAACGGUAUCGAAAGUAUUGUUCCAUUGUCAAUCACAAGAAGCCAUUAACUCGAUAAAAGAUUUAUCGACGAUAUUGGAAGAAAUCGAGACUCAAUUGCCAAAGACUGUAAUCCAAUUGGUGGAGGCUGAAGAAGCGACCAAACAUUAUUUGGAAAAUUUAAACACGGAUCAGAAUCUUAGCAACGUUCAUUUCGCUCUUUCGUCAGCCUUAGAGAGACACGAGAGAAGUUUUCCUGCACAUACCUCAAGUCUGACCAUUUGUGUCGAAGAUCUUCGACAAAAUAUUGGUUCGACAGCAGUGGGAAUCGCCAACUUGAAGAAUCCAAUAGACGAACAGAUCGUAGGCCAAGUGUAUUUGCUGAAGGAUAGUCUAUUGAGUCUCCAAAGGUCUCUGUUGACCCAGGAACACGAGCCUGAGGAGGAACAGAUCUUGAAGGAUCUGUUAAAUCCAAUCGAGAAAUUGAAGAAUUUGAUUCAAAGAAUGGUAGAUAGCAAGGCAAAGACAGAUUUAAUUCUUCCUGUUUUGGAACUUUUGGAAGAGAUAGAAAAGGAUACUCCAUUGAUCGCUAAAGAGGCAUCGAAGAAGAAAGCUCGAAGAGAGGCAGAGAAAUUAAUUCCUAAGAAGGAGGAACCGAAGGAAGAAAAAAUUAAAUCGUUUGCUCUGGCUAAUAGAAUCAAUCGAUCAUUGGAUCCCAUGAAACACUGGCUAUCUACGAUAUCGGAUGACAGUGCAAAGGAUGAAGAAGAAUCUAUUCUGAGCUCGACUGUAGAAGAUUUGAAACGAGACGUGAAUAAAAUUGCUAUCGAAACCUCAUAUUCAGAGCCUCCUAGUGAUGAAAAUUUGAUAGAAGCUUUAACUGGACUCCGUGAACCAUUGACUAGAUUACGAAACGCCAUAUCGAUGUAUCACGAACCAGCAGAUUUGUCUACUUUGGAAGGAUUGAGCAGACCCAUGAAAUAUCUUCUGCAAACUAUCAUGGAUGUUCUUGGAGACCACGCUGAAGAAGAAUCGUUAAGGCCUAUAAUUGAUAUUGUGGAAGAAAUCGAAAAUCAAAUACCUAUUUCCAUCAAGGAAGUGCUUUACAAAAAGGAAUUGAAAGAGAUGGUAAAAUCAAUGACACAAGAAGAAAAGGAAAUAAUUGGAACAAUGACUUCUCAAGAUAUCACUAUUCAGGAAGAAUCUAUUCCCCUGGAAACCAUCAUCAGAGAGAAAGAAGAGAUUAUAUCGAAUAUUUCUCAAGAAACUAUUCCUGAAAGCACUCUAAUGGAGAGUACUACGGUAUUACCUGAAACACAAUUUACUGAAUCGAUAAUGGAACAAACUAUAGGUGAAGAGAUCAGCUCUCAAAAAACGGAACAGUUACUUACGACGAUAGAAGAAUUACCAAAAGGAAAAGAAGAUGCGAAGAAAACAAAGGAGGAAGAAGAAAUGAAGAGUUUGAUUUUUUCGUUGUCGAAAACAUUAGAUACAGUUCAGAUGGAUAUAACGAGUAUUUUAGAAGAUUACGAGGAGCCUACGACUGGAGCCAUCAUUGUUCCAGUCUCUUUGUUGGCCAAUUCUUUGGAAGAAUUUAGAAAAACGAUUUCUUUGAUGCAAGUAACGAUUGAAACUCGUGGAAAAUCCGUAGAAUCUCGUGAACAGAUGGUCAAUGAAACCGUUUCCAUAAUACAAAAUCUCGUGCAGCCAUUAAAUGAUCUCCAGAAGGUUCUUCAACAAUCUCAUCAACAUGGCGCUCGAGAAUUGGUAAUUCUAAAUCACUUAAUCUUACCUUUGAACGUAAUCGAGACAGAAGUGGUCAACUAUGCAAUUCAGAAUGUCGAUCGAAACUCUGAAUUGAAAAAGAAUUGUGAACCAAUUCUGAAUCUUCUCAGAGACAUCAAGGACACGAUACCAAUCGUUGUGAAAGAUAUACAUUCUAGACAAGAGCUUCUUGGAUUUCUUCGUGAGAUUUUAAAACCCUUGAAGAAUAUCGAGGAACGAAUGAAGAUUCUUGAGAAUCAAGCUGAGGACACAUUGGAGACAGAUGUGGCAAGAAUUCUGGUGGAACCUUUAGAUCAUUUAUUGAAUACCAUUAAUAUCACAUCUCAGGAACUCGAGCUAUUAGAUCAACGAAGAGUUAUUAUCGUAGAGUUUCGAAGCCUCGUUGGACCUCUAGUGGAAUUUCUAAGUAGUCUUUCAAUGGUUCAAAGCAGUCGAAAAAGUUUGGUUCCAGAGGGAGCAUUAUUGGACGAAAGAAGAAGCGUUAUUUCGAAAGCUGUGGAAGGUCUUCAGAGGCAAGCUUCAGCCAUCUUGGACAGAAUCUUUAAUCUAGAGGGCGCCACGAUGUUCGAAGGUGCAUUGAAUUCCUUGAAAAAUGGUUCCAUUUCUGUUCUGAAGCAAAUUGGCAAGACUGAUUAUUCACGAAGAUCCAGCACCGCUGAGUUCACUCUUCAGUACAAUCUUUCGACCUCGUUCAAUCACUUGAAAAACACGAUUGCAACUUUGGAAAAAAGCGUUGAUAAACCGAUCCAUGAAAUAAUCGUCAAAUCUUUGGAAGGUUUGCAAAAACAAAUUACAUUGUCGCAGACGCAUUUUAUGCAAACGUACAACGAGCAACGAGUUGACGAAGAAGCCAUCGUAGAGGGAUUUCUUUAUCCGACUAAUCAGCUUCGAUCAGCUCUGAAUACUUUAAAAGAGAAAAUUGAAAAGAAAGAAAUAUCGAUGGUUUCGAAUCAAUCUGUGACACUUUUUCAAGCUUUGGCUAAUUCUACGACUGAAUUGGCUUCUUCUUUGUCACUUCAUCGAGCCCAAUUGAUUCGAGAAGGGGAAUCUGAAGGAUCUUCUCUUGUGGAAACUUUGUCUGCCAUGGUGGAUGUUUUGGAAAGUGUAAAAGGUUCUAUAAUAGAAAUCGAUAAAAUGAUAAACGUAGAGAAAACAACGACAGAAAAGAAAGUAGAAAAAGAAAAAGGCCAAAAAAUCGAAGAACAAAAUAUUUUGCCAAUUACUAUUAUGCAGAUUGAAACAAUUAUUGACGAAAUUAUCGAAGUUUCGAAGGAGGAAGUAGAAAGUGUAUUGACUAUCAAAAAAUUAUCACCAGAGAAAGAAAUGACGAUAGAAGAAAUGAAGUCUGAGUCUAAAAAAGAAAUAAAGAGUGAUUCAAAAAUUGAUGAAGAUAGUGAAGAAUCUUUAAUGAAAAAAAUUGAAUUAAAAGCAAUUGAAAAAAUUGAAAUUCUUGAAGGAAUGAAAGAAGAAAAAACAGAUGAUUUUUACGAUGUGAAAACAGAAAAGAUUGACACUCUUAAGAUAGUGAAAGAAGAAAAGGCUGAGACAAUUGAACAAAUAAAAGAAGAGAAAGUAAAGACUUUGGAAGAAAUGAAGGGAAAAAAAGUUAUUGCUCCUGAAAUGGCAAAAGAAAUACAACUUGAAUCGCUCGAAAAAAUAACAGAACAAGAGGUUGAAAUGCACGAAGCAACUCAGAAAAAAGAAGAGAUUAAAACUACUGAAGAAAAAAUUGAAGAUAUUGAAAGAAAGAGAGAAGAAAAAGUUGAAACUGAAGAAAUGGAAGAAGAAAAAAUUAAAGUUCUCGAAGAAAAAGUUACAGAACAAGAACAAGAACAAAAAAUUGAAACUGUUGAAAUAAUGAAAGAAAGUAAAAUCGAGCCUCUUGAAGAAAUAAAAGAAAAGAAAAUUGAAGAUUUUAAAAAAGAAGAAAAGGUAGAAGCAAUGCCUAAAACAGAAGAAUCAUUACAAACUGAAAAAGUGUCAGAAUUAUUAUCCGAAAAGACAAACGAAAUAAUUAAAGAAGAAGAAAUUGAAGCACUGAUUAAAACAAAAGAAGAAUUAAUAGAAAAGAAAGAAACCAUUGAAGGAAAGAUAAUUGAAGAAGAUAAAAAAAUAGAAAUAUUGGAAAAAAAAGAAAAAGUAGAAGAACAAGUACAAGAAAAAAAAGAAAUAGAAAUAACAAAAACAGAUGAAAUAAAAAUAGAAGUAUCUGAAAGAAUAGAAGAAAAUAAAGAAAACAUUGAAAAGAAAAAAGUAAUAGAAAUAAAAGAACAUAGUGAUGAAAUUAUAUCUCCAAAAAUAGAAAAAGAAAGUAUUGAAUCAUUGAUAGAAAAAAUUGAAGAGCAGAGAGAAAUAGAAGAAUCACAUGAAAUAAUAGAAGAAGCUACACAAAAAGAACAAAAAAUAAAACUCGCGGUAUUAGAAAAGACAAAAGAAGAAAAUUUGGAAAUCUUACCUCAACAAAUUGAGGAACUCACUCAAAAAGAAAAAAAAAUUGAGAAAACAGAAGCAAUAAUAAGGAAAGAAGAAUCUGUAGAAAUAUUAGCUGAAAAAAUUGAAGAACUAGCAAUAAAAGAAGAAAAAGUAGACAUUUUAUCUAAAUCGCCACAGGAAUUGGAAAAGAUUAUGGAAAAAGUAGAAGCUUCCUCUGAAGAUAAUCAAAUGUCAAUAAUAAAAGAAGAAAAACCGGAAAUUCUAAUAGCAAAAACAGAAGAAAUAAUUAAAAUUCCGGAUAGUCAAAUAACAUUAUCUGAAGAGACGAAACAAUUGAUAAACAAAGAAGAAAAAUCUGAAGUAGAAAGAUCGCAAGAAAUAUCUACUCUUGAAAAAAAUGUAGAAGAAGUAAGCAAACAAAAAAUAGAAUUAAAAAAAGAACAAGAACAAAUUCCUGAACUAGUUGAAGAAAUAAAAAAACAAACAAGUAGUGAAAUAGAAAUAGAAAAAUCUAAAAAAAUAGAGGAAAUAUUAAAUCAAGAAACAAAAAUAAAAGAAUCCAAAAAAUCAGAAUUAUUAACAGAAAAACAAGAUAUAGAAAAAAUACAAAUAGAAGAAAAAAUAGAAGAAUCUUCUGACAAAAUAAAAGAUGAGGUACAAAAAGAUGAAAGCGCAGAAUUAAUGAUCAAAAGAGGUAAAGAAACAAUAGAACAAGAAGAGAUGAUAGAAAUUUUGACCGAAAAAAUAGAAGAAUUGACAAAAAUUGAAGAGAAAGCAAAACAAGAAAGAAGAGAAACAAAAAUAAAUUUCAUACAAGAUAUAGCAUUGUCGAUCAAUAUUAUGCAACAACCCUUCAAAGAACUAACUAAUCUCGUAUCUGUAGCUUUAGAAGAACCACUCUCCUCGAGAUCUGAGGAAGAAAAACGAAGAAUACGAGAAUUAACUGCCCUAAUACAAAUUCUUUACGAUUUAAAAGCAACGAGUACAUCUACUCGAAGUACAUUAUCUUCUUUUUCAAUCCCAGAAUUAGAAGUGCAAUUCAUUCGUCUAUUAGAUACUUUAAUAAACGUGGAACAAGCCAUGGAAAAAAUUCUUUAUUUAACUCAAAAGGAUCUAGCUCCAGCAUUGAAGGAAAAUGUAAUGGUGUCACUGCAAGUACUUUUAGAACCAUUGAAAUCUCUUCAACAUGAACUUUCUUCUCUUCAACAAACAACUCUGCAACUUCCUACGGAAUAUUUAUUCUUGUCUACAAAUGCACAAAGCGUAAAUGAAAUAAUUUCUGAACUUGUAAAAGUGAUAUUAAAGACAGCUGAAAUGAAAAGUAUGAAGGUAGUCGAAGAAAUCAAAGUAAUGAAAUCGAAAGAAGAAAAUCUCGAUAUCGAAGAAAUCACAGCGAAGCCUCUGGAAGAACUCAUAGAAGUCCUCAUGGUCUCUCAGGAACAAGUAAAACCUGUCUCUCUAAUUGAUUCUGUUUCACCUUCAAUAGAAUCAGUCAAAUUAAUAGAGCAACAAGCAUUAAUCAGUGAAGAAGAAAUGAAGUUAGACACGUAUCUCAUAGAACAAAUAAUAAGUCCAGUACAAAAUCUGCGUGAAAUGAUUGCGAAGAUAGAGGAGCAAACAUUAGAAGAGACUGAAACAUUAGAUUUGCCUACGAAAAAGACAGCUGCUGUUAUCUUGAGUAAUAUUAUCCAUCCUCUGGAAGAGUUGGAGCAAUCUUUAAACGUUUCUGCUCAACAACAAGCACUAGCAAGUAAAGAAAUCACCGAGGAAAUAAAACAAUCUGUUCAAUCGUUACAAUCAAUUCCAAUGAUUAAUGUUCUAGAAGAAUUGAAGAGAUCCAUUAUCAUGAUUCAAGAAGAAAUAAUCCUAGAAAAGAGUGAGGAAAUGAAGAUUUCUGAAAGCAAAACACAAAUUACAAACGAGAUACAGCGAUCAUUGGAAAAUCUUAAAUUCUCUGUUGGUGCAGUACAAAAAGUCAUAACCACGAAAGUUGAAAGUGUAAAUACAGUAUCCAAUAUAGAGAAAGCAUUGGCUAUCCAAUCUUUCGUCGAAUCAAUGAAAGAAUUGGGAGACAGAUGUAUGGCAAUCGUCAGUCAAUCCAUAAAAGUAAAAGCUUCUGAAAAGAUCCAAAAAGAGGAAUUGGAGCAAGUUUUAGAAGUAAUGGUUCAACCUAUUCAAUUAUUACGUGAAACAGCUAUUGAGAUUGAAGAACAGAAGGUCGAAGAAAUUCAAAAUCUGGAUGAAACGAAUAAGGAUAUAGUCGAGGUUUUGAAACCUCUGAUUCAUCCUCUAGAAGAGUUAGAAGAACUACUGUGCACUGCUGUUCGCGAAGUAAGUGCAUCAGAAAUAGAAACGGCUGAAGAAGUAAAGAAAACUGCGGAGGAAUUGAAACUAAGUCCUGUGUUGGAAAAACUUCAAAAGUCUAUCGCUGUGAUAGAGGAACAAACAGCACUGCAACCGAAAAAACUCGAUGUGUCUGCCACAAAAGUGGAAACAUCCGUUGCUGAAUUAAUAGAAAGCCCAUUAGAAAAUCUAAAGUCAGCUGUGGCAGCCAUACAAACUCUCGAAACGGAAGAGGCUAAAGAAUUGUCGAAUGAAGAGAAAAUAACGGCUCUGAAAGCGUUUGCCAAGUGCAUGGAAGAGAUAGCAAAAGUGUGUUCAGCUGUCUCUAGUGAACAAAAGAUUCAAGUAAGCUUGGUGCAACAGCCACAAGUGGCUAAACUUGAAUUUGGCCAACAAGCUUUGGAGAUUAUAGCAAGUCCAAUUCAAGUUUUGCGCGAAACCGUUUCGAAACUUGACGAACAACAAAUACAAGAGAUUGAAACUCCAGUUUUGACUGAAAUAAAAGAAGCAGCGACUAUUUUGCAUACUCUGAUCGAACCAUUGGAACUGUUGGAAAAAUCGUUAUCCAUAGCUGUUGAACAGAUGAGCACGAUUAAGGAAGAAUCUACUUCAAGUUUGGACAUUCAAUCUUUAGUGAAAUUAAACGUGAAGCCUGUUUUGGAACAAUUAGAAAAAUCGAUUGCAGUGAUUCAAGAACAGGUAUCUUUAGAAUCAUCCAAAGAAGAACCAAGCGAUAAAUUGGAGAUGUCAAUCGUAGAAGCUAUAGAAAAACCAUUGGAGCACUUGAGAUUUUCAGUAACGGCUGUUCGAGAAGUAAUGUGCCUUGAAACAGAACAAGCUAGUGAUCUAAUUGAUAAAACAUCAAUUUUGGAAUCAUUCGCAAAAUCCGUGGAAGAAAUUGGUCAAAGAUGUCUGGCAGUGGUAUCUCAGCAGCAAAUAAGAAUACAAUUGAUUCCUAAACAAUUGGAAAAAUCACAAAUAGCAAUACUGGAAAUGGUGAUUAAUCCUCUUCAAAUUUUAAAAGAAACAAUUAAUAAAAUCGAGGAAGAAAAACUGCAACAAGUCGAAGCUCUCGAUUCUUCCAAAAUGACUGAAGAAAAAACGGAUAUAUUAAACGUCUUAGUAGAACCGUUACAGAAAUUAGAAACUUGUUUAUCCUCCACUGUUCAACAGGCUGUCUCGAUAAAAGCCGAAAAAACGGAAGAGAUAUCAGAAAAAAUACUUUCUACGGAAAAAUUAAAUGUGUCACCUGUCGUAGAAGAACUUCAAAAAUGUGUAGCAAUGGUGCAAGAGCAAAUGAAACUGUAUGCAACAACAACACGAUCCAUUGAGUCAGCUUCUCUCGUGCAAACAGCUGAGAAAUCACUAGAAGAACUAAAUUCUUCUCUUAAGAUCAUUCAAAGCGUGAUUACUGUUGAAUCAAGCGAAGAAGAAAAAUUAUCGGAUAUUGAAAAAGUGGCUGUCUUGGAACAUUUUGCCAAAUCAGUUCAAGAAUUUGAAGAAUGCUUUGCUGUGGCCAAUCAGCAGCAAGUGGAGGUGAAGGAAACGGUAGUUGAGCUGAAGGAAACUGAAAAACUGGAUGCACAAGUUCUUGAGACAAUUAUUGCACCGGUUCUUGCAUUGCUCGAGACUAUUAUGAAGAUACAGGAAGAAAGCUUGGAAGAGACAGGAACACUGGAUACAGAAAAGAUAGAUGUACAGACAUUGACUCCAUUGGUGCAUCCUCUUGAAAAAUUAGAGAGGUCUCUGAUACAUGUUGUUCAACAGGCGAGUGAGCAAAAGCUCGAAGCUCUGGAAGAAAUAAAAGAGAAAAUUCCUCAAACGAUGAUUCUUCAACCAAUUUUGGAAGAAUUGAAAGAGAGCAUGAUCAAUGUUCAAGAACAAUUAACUGCGAGUUUAAAAACAUCUAAAUUAGAAGCUGUUGAAAAUAUCGUUGUAGCAAUUGAGGAAUUGAAGACAUCUACUAGUGCAAUUCAGCAAGUAAUUGCAGAACAAACCGAAGAAAUGAAAGUUGAGAAAACAUCUGUAUUAAAGGCCUUUGCUGAAUCGAUAGAACAAUUGGAAGAACGAUGCUCGAUAAUGGUUAAUCAACAGAAAACAGAAACGAAAUUGAAAGAAGAUGAAAAACAGCAAGCAAAAGUAAAUGUUGAAAUUCUUCAGAAAAUUAGUAACACGGUUCACAUUUUACGUGAAUCAUUUUCGCAAAUCGAAGAAGAAAAGGAGAUCGAAGAAUUAAAAAUACCAAAAGAACAAGAAAUGAAAUUGAAUGUUCUUAUAGAACCAUUGUAUAUCUUAGAACAAGCUUUGUUGACUGCGAUAGAGGAAGGAAAAUUCGUAGGAGAAGAAACUGCGGAAAAAUUGAAGAAAAAUGAAGUGAAUAUCGAAAAAUUGAAUUUACAACCUGUUGUGGAAGAAUUUCAAAAAUCUAUAACUAUUAUUCAACAUCAAACGAGUGAAUCAGCUUCAACUUCAGAGAUUACUAGUGAAAUUGGUUUAACGAAGGCGUUGAUUGAAAAGACGUUGGAAGAAAUGAAGUUAUCUGUAGCAGCUGUUCAAGAAAUUACGAUUGCUAAACAAGAUGAAAUGAAAGAAUUGAAAACAGGAGAAGAAAAUUCUCGUUUAGCGGCUUUUGCACGAUCAAUGGAAGAAGUUGGUGAAAAAUUAUUGAAUGCAAUAAAGCAACAGGAAGUGAAGAAGUUUGUAGAAGAAGCUUCAAUAAAGAAAAAAGUAAGCGAUGAUUUUGUGAAAAUCGUAAUAGAACCAAUUAAUGCAUUGCAAAAUACGAUUAUGAAUAUAGACAAGAAAAGCGAAUUAUUAGAAAAGAAGAAAGAGCAGGAAGCUGUGAUCUUAUUAAAUAUGGUGCAACCGCUUCGCAAACUCGAAGAAUCAUUCUUAUCAGCCAUGAAGAAAGAAACAACCAAAUUAGAGAUUAUCGAAGAGAUUUCUCAGGCAAUUCCAGCAUUGCAAGAAUUGCCAGUCAAAUCUACGUUGGAAGAAUUGAAUGAGCAAGUUGCAGAAAUACAGAAACGGUUAAUCCUUGCCAAAGAAACUAUAAGCUUGACAGGCGACACCGAAGAUUUCGCCGCCAUAAAAAAUUUGGAAAGAUCGUUGAGCGAUCUAAGAACGUCUGUAGCUAUUGUUCAACAAUUGACAACGAUAGAGAAACCUGGCCAACAAAUUCUAGACGUCGAAAACGCAUCUGCAUUGCAGGCAUUUGGAAAAUCCGUGGAAGAGUUCGAGAAACAGUGCACCGCCAUUGUUUCAAGACCAAGAGUGAUUGCCACAAUUUUAGAAAAGAUAGAAUCACAACAAGCAAUUAAGCUCGAAACUGAAAUCGUGCGUAUUUUUGUUCCUGCUAAAUUGUUGCAAGAAUCCAUUUCGACGAUAGAGGAGAUGAAACUCCAAGAGGUGGAAGCAUUGGAGACACCGGAAACGAAAAAAUCUGUCACGAUAUUGAGCGAGCUUAUACCAUCACUACAACAAUUGGAGCAAUCUUUCAUCGCUGCCAUUCAAGGAGAACACGUAAUGGAGCAAACAAUAGAGGAGAUCAUGAAGGCUGAUCGAGUCUCGUUCGAAAAAACAACAUUGAAACCAGUACUGGAAGAGUUUCAAAAAUCAAUCGCAACGAUCCAAGAGCACAUGAUGGUCGAGGAAGGUGUGCAAAGUUUGUCAGAAGUCGAAAAUAAUUCUCAGUUGAAGACGAUGGCACAAACGUUGAUAGACUUGAAGACCUCGGUAGCCGCCAUUCAGCAAAUCACUGAAUCCAUUCCGGAAAUAGCGAGUGAAUUGUCCAAAGCUGAAAGUGUGUUCGAGACGUUUGCCAAGUCUCUUCAUAAUCUGGCAGAACGCGUGGCGGCUGUAGAUCAUCAGCAAAUGAUCGUUGAACCGAUAGCAGACACUAUAUCCGAGGAUGUAUCGUCCUUGAAAACUUGGGCAGAUGUUGUGGAAGAACUGAACAUUCAGGUGACAGAACCAAUGGUGGUGGAUCAAGGUACGGUGGAAUCACCCUCUGAAAUGGCUCUGUCGAUUUCUGAAGAGGAGACACAGGUAUUAAAAGGCUUGGCCAAACCUCUAAGCGAAUUGAAAGAAUGUUUGGCGAUAGUUAUCGAAGAACGGAAAUCGAUGGACGCGAACGAGGUGACAUUUGCCUUGUCAGAGAAGGAGGAUCUAUCUCUAUUGAAGACUAUGGCGCAACCAUUGUUGGAACUAAAAAAUGCAGCAGCGUCCGUUAUCCUCGAGCAAACCACUAUCGAAUCUGCUAAAGAGAAAUCAUUUGAUAAUGAAGAGAGGAUGGAAACUACUCUGAAUCCGUUGAUCGAGCCUCUGGAAGAACUUUGCAAUUCGAUUGCGUUGAUCGAAGAUCAUAUGCUGAUUGAAUCCGCGAUAGAUCGACCUGUUGAUGAAGUAUCCUUGUUGACUGCUUUGGCUGAGCCUUUAAUGACACUUCACAGAAGUAUCUCGAUACUUGAAGAACGAGUAAUGUCGCCUGAUGUAGAGUCAAUUCCAGAGGAAUCGACUAAUUGGAUCACGGAGUGUUUGGCAGUUCCAUUGCAAGAAAUAGAGAGGUCUAUAGCUGAAAUUCGAGAAUGCGUUGUGGUGGAACCAGAACCUGAAAUUGCUGAAGAAUUCUCGAGAAUCGAUACACCAGAUUGGACAGUGGUUGAAAAAUUAGUACAACCAGUGAAUGUUAUAAAAUCAACGAUCAUUGAAAUGGAGAAAAGUAUUGUUGGAAAUAAAAAGAUGGAGAAAGAAAUUGAAUAUGAGACAGUCAAAAUACUGGUGCAACCUCUGAAUGAUGUAUAUGAAAGCUUCAUGGUAUUAAAAAACAAAACUGAUAUGAGCGUAGAAGAAGAAGAAGCUAGUAUCGAUGCUAUCGUAGAUUCUUUGUCAAAUUUAGAAAAAAGUAUAUCAUUAAUUGAAGAACAACUUACUGAGAAGAAACAAAUUUCAAGUAUAGAUGAAAAUAUAAUUGAAAUAUUGAGUGAACCUUUGAUACAAUUGAAGGAAAAGAUUAUGACAGUGGAAGAAUCAUCAACCGCAUAUCUUGAAAAUUUGGAGAAACCUUUGAAGAAUUUACAAAAUGCUUUGGAAAUUGUUUCGAUGAUUCAAAUUAAAAAAAUAGAAAAAGAAAGAAAAGAAACUACUGUCUCGGUGGAAGAAGUGACAAGAAUAUCGACAAAAUUAAUGAAUUCUAUUAAAGAGAUGAACGAUUCUAUUGAAUCAAUUGAUAAUAAGAUAGAUAGUUACAAAGGUUUACUGGGCAUAGAAAUUCAAAUCGAGAAUGAAGCUUUGAAGGCAUUGAUUAAGCCUCUUGAACAAUUGAAACAGGGAAUUCAAAAUAUAUUAGAAAGAUCUGAAAUUGAAGAAACUUCGAUAGAUUCUUUAAAGAAACUUCGGAGAGCAAUUGAUAUUAUUCGUCAUCAAUCUGCUGAUAAACCAAUGGUUGAACCAUCACAUUCUGAAAUAGCAGAUAUAUUCGGAAUGUUGAAAAUAUUAACGAUAAGCUUGAAUGAGUUGGAAAUAUCCAGUGAGAAGGUUGAAAAAUUUUGGAAAAAUAAUUUAAGUGGAGAAGGUCUUGUGGAACUGGAAACACCCAUUACAAAUUUAAUGAUAGAUAUAAAUCUGGUUCGUGAUAGAAUAUUAAAUAUGGAAAUAGUGUGGGAAAAAGAUGAAGAGAAAAAAAAAGAUAGGAAGAAAAAGAAAGAAAAAAAAGAAAAAGUGAAAAUAGAUAAAGAAGAGGAAGAACAUGAAAAGGAGGAAAAAAUUAAAAAACAAAUACAAGAGGAAGAUGAAAGAAAAAAAAAAGAAGCUGAAAAACUGAAACAAGAGAAAGAAGAACGUAGAAAGAUCGAAGAAGCUGAAAAAUUGAAACAAGAAGAAGAGCGUAAGAAAAAAGAAGAGGCUGACACACUAAAACAGGAAGAAGAGCGUAAGAAAAAAGAGGAAGCUGAGAAGCUAAAACAGGAAGAAGAGCGUAAGAAAAAAGAGGAAGCUGAAAAAUUAAAACAAGAAGAAGAGCGUAAGAAAAAAGAGGAAGCUGAGAAACUAAAACAAGAAGAAGAGCGUAAGAAAAAAGAGGAGGCUGAGAAAUUAAAACAAGAAGAAGAGCGUAAGAAAAAAGAGGAGGCUGAGAAGCUAAAACAAGAAGAAGAGCGAAAGAAAAUAGAGGAGGCUGAGAAGCUAAAACAAGAAGAAGAGCGUAAGAAAAAAGAGGAGGCUGAGAAGCUAAAACAAGAAAAAGAGCGAAAGAAAAAAGAGGAGGAUGAAAAGCUAAAACAAGAAGAAGAGCGUAAGAAAAAAGAGGAAGCUGAGAAGCUAAAACAGGAAGAAGAGCGUAAGAAAAAAGAGGAAGCUGAAACAUUAAAACAAGAAGAAGAACGAAAGAAAAAAGAGGAAGCUGAAAAAUUAAAACAAGAAGAAGAGCGUAAGAAAAAAGAAGAAGCUGAUAAACUAAAACAAGAAGAAGAGCGUAAGAAAAAAGAGGAGGCUGAGAAGCUAAAACAAGAAAAAGAGCGAAAGAAAAAAGAGGAGGAUGAAAAGCUAAAACAAGAAGAAGAGCGUAAGAAAAAAGAGGAAGCUGAGAAGCUAAAACAGGAAGAAGAGCGUAAGAAAAAAGAGGAAGCUGAAACAUUAAAACAAGAAGAAGAACGAAAGAAAAAAGAGGAAGCUGAAAAAUUAAAACAAGAAGAAGAGCGUAAGAAAAAAGAAGAAGCUGAUAAACUAAAACAGGAAGAAGAGCGUAAGAAAAAAGAAGAGGCUGAGAAGCUAAAACAGGAAGAAGAGCGUAAGAAAAAAGAGGAAGCUGAGAAAUUAAAACAGAAAGAAGAGCGUAAGAAAAAACAGGAAGCUGAGAAACUAAAACAAGAAGAAGAGCGUAAGAAAAAAGAGGAGGCUGAGAAAUUAAAACAAGAAGAAGAGCGUAAGAAAAAAGAGGAGGCUGAGAAGCUAAAACAAGAAGAAGAGCGAAAGAAAAUAGAGGAGGCUGAGAAACUAAAACAGGAAGAAGAGCGUAAGAAAAUAGAGGAAGCUGAAAAAUUAAAACAAGAAGAAGAGCGUAAGAAAAAAGAAGAAGCUGAUAAACUAAAACAGGAAGAAGAGCGUAAGAAAAAAGAAGAGGCUGAGAAGCUAAAACAGGAAGAAGAGCGUAAGAAAAAAGAAGAAGCUAAUAAACUAAAACAGGAAGAAGAGCGUAAGAAAAAAGAGGAAGCUGAGAAAUUAAAACAGGAAGAAGAGCGUAAGAAAAAAAAGAAGGCUGAGAAGCUAAAACAGGAAGAAGAGCGUAAGAAAAAAGAGGAGGAUGAAAAGCUAAAACAAGAAGAAGAGCGUAAGAAAAAAGAGGAAACUGAGAAGCUAAAACAAGAAGAAGAGCGAAAGAAAAUAGAGGAGGCUGAGAAGCUAAAACAAGAAGAAGAGCGUAAGAAAAAAGAGGAGGCUGAGAAGCUAAAACAAGAAGAAGAGCGAAAUAAAAAAGAGGAAGCUGAAAAACUAAAGCAAGAAGAAGAACGAAAGAAAAAAGAGGAAGCUGAAACAUUAAAACAAGAAGAAGAGCGUAAGAAAAAAGAGAAGGUUGAGAAACUAAAACAAGAAGAAGAGCAAAAGAAAAAAGAGGAGGCUGAAAAAUUAAAACAAGAAGAAGAGCGUAAGAAAAAAGAAGAAGCUGAAAAAUUAAAACAGGAAGAAGAGCGUAAGAAAAAAGAAGAGGCUGAGAAGCUAAAACAGGAAGAAAAACGUAAGAAAACAGAGGAAGCUGAGAAACUAAAAGAGGAAGAAGAGCGUAAAAAAAAAGAGGAAGCUGAAAAAUUAAAACAAAAAGAGGAAUGUAAGCAAAAGGAGAAAGUAAAGAAGCAGGAGGAAGAACGUAAAAAGGAAGAAGAAAAAGCGCAGAAACUAAAACAAGAAGAAAGAGAAAAAUAUAAUGAAAAAGAAAAAGAAAAAGCUGAAAAAGUGAAACAAGAAGAAGAGAUACGUAAAAAAAAAGAAAAAGAAAUCGAAAAAGCGAAAGAAUUUGAAUCGAAAACUUUGAAACAACAGGAGGAAAAAUUACGAAAGAAGAAAGAGGAAAGAAAAUUACAACAAGAAGAAGAUGAACGCAAGGAACGAGAAGAAGCUGAAAAACGUAAAAAGGAACAAGAGCAAAGGAGACAUGAAAGAGAAGAACGUGCCAAAAAAGAAGAAGAAGAUAAGCUCAGACACGAAGAACAGGAACGUAAAAAGAAAGAGGAGAGACUGAAGUUGAGGAAAGAGGAAGAAGAACACAGGAAAGCUGAGGAAGCAGAACGAUUGAAGAAGAAACAGGAGAGGGAGAAACAAAAACGGGAAGAAGCUAGACGUCAAAGAGAAGAACAAGAGAAGCAGAUAAGACAGGAAACUGAAAAAGUGAGAAAAGCGGAGGAAGAACGACUAAGAAAAGAAGACGAAGCUCACGAACGUAGGAGAAUGGAACGCGAACAAAGAAGGCAGGAAGAAUUGGCCAAAUUACGCAAAGAGGAAGAAGAAAAAAUCAAAAGAGAGGAAGAACGCAGAAGAAAGAGAAAAGAGACGGAAAGGCAGUGGAAGGAAGACGAAGAAGCUAUGAAAAGAAGAGAGACAGAACGUUUGGAAAGAAGAAGAGCUGAGGAGCGACAGAAACGAGAAGAAAUGGAACGUUUGCGGCGAGAAGACGAAGAGAGGAGAGAUAGAAGGGAUGCUGACAGGCAAUUAAGAAGGGAAGAAGCAGCACGAACGAUGAAAGAGGAAGAGGAACGUUUAAGAAGACGAUACGACGAAGAAGCGUCCAGAUUUCGAAAACGAAGACAAGAACAAAUAAGAGAUAACACUUGGUCUCGAAUGCGACAAGGCGAAUCUGAUCAAUUGUUCCGAAAAAUGACGGAAGACGCGUUCAGAAUUGAAAAAACAAAAAUCACUUCUUCUGAUAUGGAUCUUUGGCGAGACAAACGAGACAAAUCUUAUCGGUAUGAUUCUGGUUUCGAUUCUGGACUUUCCAGCACUUCCAGAUCGUACAGUUGGAGAGAUUCUCUUACUUCUCUAACAAGAAAGAGGAUCGACGAUUUUCUUGAUUAUAAACUGAGGGAUACUUCGAUCGACAGAUACUAUUUCGAUACAGGAACAUAUUACAGGAGAAGAAGAAAAAGGGACGAUCGAAUUACUCGAGCUAGAUCCAUCAGUUUGUUAAAGUAUGAUGACUAUUCGACGGGGGAUAGUGACACGACUAUCACAGCUGUUAGUGUUAGCAAACCACCGAAAUAUGGCGGAAGACCAAAGAUGACGUUACGAAUGGAUCUAGAUGGAUCGAAUCUUCCCAUAUAUUUACCUCCUAUUAAAGACAAGCUUGCUCCGCGCGAGAAAGGAAAGAAGCCGUCAUUCUGCACGAGAUUAACGAAUAGGACCGUAGGGGUUGGUAUGAAGACGAGAUUGACCUGCACCGUCCUUGGCCAUCCGGAACCGAGAGUUUAUUGGACGAAGGAUGGGGAGAAACUCGACAUAACCACGAACAAAUAUAAAACUCGAUUCGAUAACGGUAUGGCUUACUUUGAAUUGCACGAACCACUCCCCGAAGAUUCCGGAUUGUAUACCUGUGUUGCCGAGAAUGUUCAUGGAAUCGCGAGCACCGAAUCCGCGUUAAAAGUUUAUCCCGAUUUCCAACCAACAUUGUCACCCCCUAUUUUCACAAGAUCAAUCAGAGAUACUUAUCGAUCAUCUGACAAUGAAUUGAUCUUGGAGUGUCGAGUUCGUGGCAACCCAACACCUGUCAUCUCCUGGUUGAAAGACGGUUGCAUUCUUCGAGGCGAUCGUUACAAACAAAGUUAUCUGGACGAUGGUAUCUAUCGAUUAGAGAUUGCUGCGCCUAAAUCUACGGAUAAUGGUCGUUAUACUUGCAGAGCGAUGAACGAUCUACGAACCGAAGAGAUAUCGCACAUCGUUCAAUUCAAUGAACGAGAUCGACGAAUCGUGAAUAAACACGAAAAAUUGUUCGACGAUUACUUCAGCCUUGAAACUUACAAAAGGCCAAGAUUCUCCAGUUAUUUGAGCGAUUAUAGUGUUCCCACUGGCGGCACCAUUGCCCUCCAAGUUGAAGUCAAAGGCGUACCGGCACCGGAAGUCAGGUGGUUCCGCGGAGAGAGGCGAGAGCCUGUCUCGAUACCAAAAGCGAAGACAUUUACAGAAUCCGGUGUUCACACAUUGGUUCUACCCGAAGUAACUGAAUCGGAGAAAGGCACGUACAUCUGCAGAGCAAUUAACGCUUACGGCCACGUGGACAGCAUUGCCACGGUCGAAGUAAUUUCACCGAGUGCGAUCGACGGCGGGAAACCGGCCAUGUUCGUUUCGAGGCCCUCGGAAAAAUCGAUCACGGUCAAUUCUGGAGAGGACGUCAGUGUCUCGUUCAGGGUCACUGGAAUUCCCAAACCACAAGUUACAUGGAUGAAAGGAUUAAAAGACAUCACGGACAGUCUCAGAUCUCACAAAGAAACGAUCGACGAUUACGUGAGAUUAACACUGAAGAGAGUGGUAGCAACGGACGAAGGCACUUAUUGUAUUCUGGUUAAAAAUAGAUACGGUUGUGACAGAAGUUUCUUCUCGAUCAAGGUGAAACAACGUGCCAGGUCAUUGACACCAGACUGGAGUUCUUUGAGCAGUCGUACAGAGACUGGAAGUUUUCUUGGUUUGUCCAGCGAGAGUCGCGAUGAGGAACUCUCUUACGUGAGAAAUGUUCCAGGGCCAAUUACAAGCGAACCAGUGGUGGUUGAUGGGGGAAAGAAUUGGCUAUCCCUAAGUUGGGGAAAAGCUGAAAGAAGAGGACCAGCGCCUGUCAUUGCUUACAGAGUUGAUGCUUGGUUGUUGGGCAGUGAUGGUGGUGCACGAUGGGUCGAGCUGGGCAUGACACCGAUAAACGCGUUCGACGCGUUCAACUUGAAGCCUGGAGGCGAGUACAAGUUCCAAGUGACUCCGAGAAAUCGUUAUGGAUGGGGGGAGUCUGUCACUAUGACGAACUCCGUCAAGGUCAGCGAGACCGUCGACCUUCCAGAGUUCACGAAGAUCCUUCCAGGACAACUGAAAGUUCUCGAGGGUAGCGCGGUCAAAUUGGAGUGCGAGAUCCGUGCUGAUCCCAAGGUGGACAUAAAAUGGUACUACGAGUCGAUGGAAAUCGACCCAAACGGUGACCCUAGAUGGUCAAUCUCUCGUAGCGGGUCCAAAUGUUGCUUCACGAUUGAGAACGUUGAAGAGAAAGAUAGUGGAAGAUAUGUUUGCGAGGCGGGUAAUUCGGUUGGGAAGGUUUCAUCGUUCGCCAGAUUGCUCGUCGUCGAUGAUCCAAAGAUCAUCGAGGCUGAUGAGAAAUUUAAAUCGAGAGCUUUAGGGGACGAAACGGAGGACAGACCACCCCAAUUCACGAUGAGAAUUCGGGACAGAAGAGUGCAAAUGUCUUACCCUGUAAGACUCACGUGUCAAGUGGCAGGGCAUCCGGCUCCGGAAGUCACGUGGUACAAAGACAGCGCAGAGAUUCGACAAGACGAGCGCCACGUAUUCUGGGACAACGACUCGAAUUUCCACACGUUGGAAAUCAUUCACUCGAUGCUUGAGGACUCUGGUUGUUACACCGUAAUGGCGAAGAACGCGAGCGGUUCAGUGUCCUGCCGAUGCAUCCUGGUCGUGGACAAAGGAAUUCGCGCCUACAUAGCCCCGGAUUUCCUCUGCGGCCUGGAUCCGAUUUAUACUGUGAAAUUAGGGGAAGAUCUGCGGAUGACUGCUCAAGUAGAGGCAUAUCCCAGUGUCGGUAUCGUAUGGCAUCGAGACGGAAUUCGUUUGCGGCCAAGCAGAAGAGCAGUGAUGACCUUGAACCACGAUGGUACGGUCGAACUGUCCUUGGGCAAGGUCACAGCAAGGGAUGCCGGUGUUUAUUGUUGCACAGCGACGAACGAGGUUGGAUGCGCCGAGACAUCGACACGGGUCGCCAUUAUUGGCGCUGAAUCGCAAAAUGAUGAGGUGUCCGUCGAUGGAGUGCCAACUUUGACAGUCAUAUCGACGCCGGACAUACCAUACUCGAAGGAGCCUCUCUUUGUCACGAAACCUUUAUCCACCGAGGCAAUCGAAGGAGAUACAGUCAUCAUAUCCUGCGAGGUCGUCGGCGACCCGAAACCGGAAGUAAUGUGGCUGCGCGAUUUCCUCAGGGCCGAUUACUACAAGGACGCAGCCCACUUCCGGCUGGUCGACGAAGGAUCUCAGUAUCGUCUGGAAAUACCGUACGCGAAACUCGACUUUACGGGGACGUAUUCCGUAAUAGCGCGGAACUGCCAUGGGGAGGCCAAAGCCGUGAUUUCUUUGCAGAUCUACGCGAAAGGUCAAGGGAAGGAGAAGAAAAUGAAGAAAUCGGGGAUCACUCACGGGAAUGUGCUCACUUUGCCGAUGGUUACGAGGGAGCUUCGAGACCUGAGGUGUUGCGACGGGGAUGCUGUCACCCUUGAAUGCAAGGUCCACGCUGCACCCGAGGCGCCAUUGGUACGCUGGGAACGUGGAGGAAAGAUUCUUCAAAUGAGCGGAGAUUUCUCGGCUGAAUUCGACGGUGAGACGGCACGUUUGUGCAUCCAGCAUGUUUAUCCGGAAGACGAGGGCGAGUACACCUGCGUGGCGUAUAACGACCUCGGCAAGGCAUUCACGUCGGCGUGCCUAAUAGUGGAUGUGCCUGAAGGGAAAGAGAAUGUUUUGAGCCAAAGAUUGACGAGACCCGCUGGUCUUCUCUCGGCAGGAUCGACACCUAGAUCCACGCCGCGAUCGACGCCGAUCAGGAGUUUGUCACCAGCAGUUUCGCAUGGCCGAGAAUUAAGGUCUCCGCAGCUUCUUCCACGAAGCACGCUGUCAAAGCGGCCAAAGAUCAGUCCACCAAAAUUUUACGCGGUGCCCCACAACCGUGUGGUCGAGGAGGGUGAAACGGUGCGUUUCCAGUGCGCCGUGGUCGGCCACCCGACGCCCUGGGCCAAAUGGGACAAGAACGGCACAAUGGUCACCCCAACCACGAGAAUCUCGAUAAAGGAGAAGGAGGACGUGAAGAUAUUGGAAAUCGUUGAGGUAACACUGGAGGACGCGGGACUUUACAGGGUGAUCGUGGAGAACGAUUACGGCCGGAUCGAAGCCAGCGCUCGUCUCGAAGUUAUAAAUCGUCAAUUACUCGGAUCGGUUGCCCGUACGAUCAGAAUAAGAAGUGCGUCGCCUAGAACCUAUCCAUCCUUCAGCCGAAGCCUCCUGGACACGAGUGGCAGAAUAAACGGAAGGCUGUAUCUCGAGUGCGGCAUCAGAGGAACACCCAGUCCGACACCGACUUGGUUCAGGAAUGGAAGGCCGUUGGAACGAUCGAUCCGAAUAAAAAGGUAUUUCGACGGCAAAACUGCAAAAAUCGAGAUAUCAAAAGUGAAAUCGAGCGACGCGGGUGAGUACACCUGCGUGGCAACGAACGUCCUUGGCUCUACGAAGAACACCUGUCAGGUGACCGUCCUUGGUCCUUCCAAUCCGUCUACGAGUGACAAGGAUCAGCCGAGAUUUCUUCAUCCACUUGCCGAAGAAUCGAUCGUCGUGGAAGGUCAUUGCUACGAGCUGCAGACGAGACUCACGGGUACGCCGCCCUUCUCGAUGAUUUGGUUGAAGGACGAUCGCGAGAUACUCGACAAUGAUGAUCACAAGUACGUUGUGUACAGUGACGGUGGUGUCGCUCUCAGAUUAUCCAACGUUCGUCCACAAGACGCUGGCGAAUACACUUGCCUCGUUCGUAAUAAUUUCGGGGAAGCAUCCAGCAAUGGCCUAUUUAUCGUUCAAGAUUACAAGGGUACAGCGAAAUUGGCGCCACAGUUCACGAAGACUCCGGUAUCGGUCGUCGCAUCGAAAGGAGACAUUGCCUGUUUCUGUGCUCGAGUUCAAUGUGGAAAACCAAUGGAGAUCACGUGGACGAUGAAUGGAAAGGACGUGAAAGAAAAUCCAAGGUGCAAGAUCGAGAAAGACGACAGCGUGAGUAUUCUCAGGAUACACGGCGUGCAACCGCGAGACGUUGGCGAGAUUCGAUGCACAGCAUCCGUGAGUGGAAAAGGGCCAUCGAUCAGUUGCGCGGCCGAGCUAAGAUUGAAUCGAGCAGCGACCCAUGAAAAUCGAAACGAGAAACCGCCCAAUUGCAAUCGCAGCAACUCGUUACGAAAGACGAGGAAAGACGUUCCUCCUCCUGUCGAGUCUCCUACGCGAGCCUCGAGAUCGUCCUCGUUGCCUCGAAGAUCCACGCCGAGUCCCAACCUGUCCCCUUUGCCCGUGAGGAGAAACAUCCCUCCAAGCCCGCUGUUACUCGACAGAAGGACGAAACUGGCCGACAAAACUGGGAAGAGGAAAGAUCUCAAUCUUAAAAAAUUCUCGCGCAAAGCUACGCAACGGGUGUACAGGGAAUCGGGUGAUCGAGCGUCAUCGGACGAAGAAGAGGAGGCGAGGGAGAUGUUCGAGGGGAAACGUUGUGAAACGAAGUUAUUGGAGAACGAAGGGGAAUUGGUAAAGGGGAACGUUCGUAAGACUGAUAAGAACGACACGAGACAAAUCCAAGAUAACGUUAAUAAGCACGAUAACACGCCAAUAAUAUGCGUGAAGCACGUUCCGGAAGAGAUGGAGGAGAUCGAGGAGGAGUGCUCGAUUCAGAGCGAUGCGAUCGUGAUGGAGAAGGAGGAGAAAAUUGUUGGUGGAGAGGAGGAAUUCGUGGCGGCCUGUAUCGUGAAGGUACCGGCUGAUGUCACCGUUUUCAGAGGAAACAGGGUUGUCCUCAGGGUCACGUAUCGAGGUCAUCCGGAACCGGCGGUCAAGUGGCUUCGAGCGGGGCGAGAAUUAAUUCCAAACAAAAAGACUGCGAUCACGUAUGGCGGAGGUGUAUCUUGCUUAAUAUCCGACGAUGUGACGGCUGAUAAUGCCGGCAAAUACGAGGUAUCCGUGGAAAAUAAACUUGGAAAAGAUCGACGAUGUUUCAGCGUUGCUGUUGAAGGUCCACCUGACCCACCAGCAGGUAUUCCAAACAUAUGUUGUUCCACGGGUACAGCAACCAUCAAUUGGCGGUCAUCACCUUACGAUGGCGGUUGCACGGUUACCGGUUAUACCGUGGAGAUGAAUCGUGCCGGUGAAAAUAGCUGGACAACGAUCGCGGAAUCCUGCCUCUCGCUCAGUAUCACGGUUCCUUCCGUCGGAUCGGGCACCGUGGUACCUGGUGAACGAUAUCGUUUCCGUGUGAGAGCUGAAAAUAUCCACGGGGUUAGCGAACCCGGUGACGAAUCUCAAUUUGUUCGAAUCCCCAAAGAAGGUGAAAUGUGUCUCGAGGAGGAUGAAGAAGAAUUCGAGCUACCGUUCGAAGCUCGAACAGUCGAAAUGGAGGAUGGGCAUUUGUUCAACGAUCGUUACGAGGUAUUGGAGGAAUUGGGGAAAGGCCGAUACGGGACAGUGAGAAGGGUAAUCGAGAAAUCUUCGAAUACGAAUUUCGCGGCGAAAUUCGUGAGAACGAUUAAAACGAAGGAUCGAGAGCAAGUUCGAGAAGAGAUCAGGAUCAUGAACAUGCUACGUCAUCCGAAACUUCUCCUAUUGGCCGCCGCUUUCGAGAGCCCUCGAGAGAUCGUGAUGGUCACUGAAUAUAUUUCCGGUGGAGAACUUUUCGAGAGGGUGGUCGCCGAUGACUUCACCUUGACCGAAAGGGACAGUAUACUGUUCAUGAGACAAAUCUGCGAGGGUGUGGAGUACAUGCAUCAGAACAAAGUGGUGCACUUGGAUCUGAAGCCAGAAAACAUAAUGUGCAGGACACGAACAUCCCAUCAAAUAAAGCUGAUCGAUUUUGGCCUGGCGCAGACGCUCAAACCCGACACACCGAUCAGAGUUCUCUUCGGCACCCCGGAGUUCAUUCCUCCUGAAAUUAUAAAUUACGAGCCGAUAGGGACCGAAUCUGACAUGUGGAGCGUCGGUGUCAUCUGCUACGUCCUAUUAACCGGUUUGUCCCCGUUCAUGGGCGACAAUGACGCCGAAACCUUUGCCAACAUAACUCGAGCCGACUACGACCUGGAGGAUGAGGCCUUCGAUGCGAUCUCGAACGACGCUAAGGACUUCAUCACCGGUUUGCUUGUCAAACGAAAGGAAUCGCGAAUGUCGGCUAGACAGUGUUUAGAGCACCGUUGGAUGGCGCAACACGCGGAAGCAAUGAGUAGGAUAGCCUUGCCGACUGAGAAGCUGAAAAAGUUCAUCGUACGAAGAAAAUGGCAGAAAACGGGAAACGCCAUUCGUGCACUCGGAAGGAUGGCAAUCCUUUCGGCGAACAGCAGACGGGGCCCAACCACGAUAGAAUCCUCGCCAACCUCCUCUGCCAGCCACCCCAUCGUCGAACCGCCUCCAACGAUCGAUUUCGAGGGCGGAUCGGCCGACGACGAGUCGAAAUCGCCGUGCAUCGUCUCGGGGAACCCGACAGCGGAAGGGAAGAACGGCAGAGGUUCGUUUCUCGACACUAGGGAAACGAACGUGUAUUCAUUCUGUUACAAGACCGAGAUGAACAUCUUGCCGGAAGAAACCGAAGCACACACCCCUAUGGACGAUGAAAUUGCAUUCUCGAACGGGUCCUCGUUGAAAACCGAACCAACGACGGAGGAUGGCGUGGACCGUGUAUCGUGUUCCCCGGGAAACGAAUCCGGAGAGGUAAUCCCGGAAACUGAUACUCCGAAGGAGGCGACCGAGUCUUCUCGGCCGGAAGAGCCUGUGGCGCGUCCUAUGGAGAGGAUCGAGGAGGAGGAGGCAGAGAUCGCGACUCGUAUCGUCGAGGAGCGUGUGUCGUCGUUAAAGAGAGAGGGGAUCGAGAUGAGUUUGAUCGAUUUCGGUGACGACGCCCGCCCGAAAUCCAUAUCCGGGAUCGAGGAGAUCGAUUUCUCGAAGUCGUGCAAACGGGAGUCGUCUGCGUGGAGCGUGGUCGACGAGGACGAGGACGAGGACGAGGAGAAGGAGGAGAAAGGGGACAUCGUUACGGAGAUCGAGAAGGAAUUGAAAGAGAAGAUGGAUCAGGAGGGGGGCAGUGCGAGCUCGCAGAGGGUUCGCCGUGUUUUCAGGGGCGACUCGCGCGAUUCUGGGAUCGGUGACUGCGCAUCGAACUUGUCCACGUCGUCCCAACAGGUGAACGAAUUGGGGAUAUCGGCGAUCAAGGAGGAGGAGGCGGACAACGAGAGUAAUAAUAAUAACAAUAAAGGAUUGUUGGAAAAGUUGGAACGGUUCGAGGAUCGCGGAACGUUGCUCGUCGACGAUAUCGGGGAAAUAACGGCGGGCGUGGGAUGCGUGAAAGUUUCGGAUCCAAAGAGACAUACCAAAAACAAAGGGGGUAUCGAGGUAGCUGCGCUGAGCGGUGUGAAUAAAGCUUCGCGUGAAAUUAAUCGGCAGCACGAAGCGUCCGGCGAGAUUGAGGACCCGAGGUUAUUAAUCGGAAGAAUUCGUAGCAAAUUCGUCCCGACCGGAAACGUGAGUCGUACUGCGAAAUUGUUCGAGAAAGAGGCGGCGGCUGCGGCUGCGGCAUCCAAGUCAUCCGGCAACGUUCCACAAAUGUCGGAACGCGCUUAUCCCUCGAUCGCCACGGCAGCGAAGAAACCGAAUAACGAGAGGAUACAAAAGGCUUUCGCUUUUUGGAAUAAAUAGAUAUAGUGGAUUGAGAAAAGAGGAAGAAAGGAUCGAAAAUAUUGUUGGCGAGUAAAAAUAAUUCGGGGAUAUUCAAAAAUCGUUCGACUGAAAAAAAAAAAACUCUACGCGGUACCUAUUAUUACACUUGAAAGUGUAAUUUUCUAGUUCUUUUCUUAAGGGAAAUAUAGUAUAUACGUAAUAAAGUAAGUUGUUUCUUUUUUUUUUUUUUUUAAAUCUCGAAACGCACCGUAUAUUGUUAAGACAAGUUAAUUUAAAAAAAAGUAAAAAAAACGUGCACAUAUUCGUAUGAUACGAGAAAACGAAAAAAAAAUGUAUUUAAUUUAAGAAAAAACGUAUAAUCACGCUGUACUUUCAUCUUGUAUUCGCGAAAAUAAGACUCGAUUUUUUGAGAUUUACAUUUUCUUCUCCGUAGAUUCUUGUUUGACGAUUUCGAGUUUCGUGUCAGAUACACAAACGAAACGAGAUCAAAGACUCGUCUGCUUAGUCGAUGCGUGUAAAUAGCUGUCAAAUAACAUUUUACAAGACAAGUAGAAGUAUAACAAGUGUAUUUAUUACAUCCUUUGCAUCCUGCGAAGGCAAGAAGGCAAAGAUUAAAAAUGUACUAUAAAAAUGUAUUUAUAUAUAUAUAUGUAUUAAAUUUAUAUAUAUAUAUAAAUAAAAUGGGAUAAAAAUUCAACAAA